AGGACCGGCACUUGCCAACCUUCGGACACGGAAGCAACUCAAGCGAAGCGACCUGUCAUACAAGUCGAUCCUAGGGAAAAACAAUUCGACACACGCACACGAACACCUUCUAAGACAGUAGAUAAAGCUCCUGCAACUGCACGCGAGUUGGAAAAUGCCAUUCUCGCGUUACCUAUAGAGCAAUGGGAAUCGGCCACUAUGCUACUACGACGAAUAGUGGCUAUAGGCGGUGUCCCUAGCAAAUACGCGUUAAAUAGUGUUCUCAGGAAGUUUAAGAAAGCGAGACAAUGGCCAGUCGCACUCGAUAUAUUCUAUGAGAUGGAGGCUGCGGGAAGUUUAAAUAUCACGAAGAGUUAUCGAUAUGUCAUGUCGGUGUGUGCAAAGAAUGGGCAGGCCAAGCGCGCUCUUCUGCUCUGGCAGGAGAUGAAAGAAAAGGGCGUCAAGUUAGAUAUGAUUGUUUAUAGAAGUGCCAUCUCUGCGUAUUGUCGUGAUGAUAAGAUGGAAGAAGCUCGCUGGCUUCUACAAGUAAUGCAGAGAGAUGGAGUGUCCCUGACUACACG